AUGAAAAGCCCUGCGUGCACUUCAAGGCACAUUAAAUGUCUCCUAAUUUUCAGCCUUUCCCUAGGACUCAUCUUCCUGUCAGGAUUCUUCCACAUGGAGAACAGGAAUCAUAUAGCCUUGAACAGACACAAGGAGCUGCUGUUACCUUCCAUGCCUUGCCGUGCCAAGACAAAUGUCAUGUUCCUCAAGACCCACAAGACGGCCAGCAGCACCGUGCUGAACGUCAUGUUCAGGUUUGCAGAGAAGCACAACCUCACCAUUGCCCUCCCAGCUGGCCGCCUCUUCCACCUGGGCUACCCAGAGACCUUCCUGACCGACUUUGUGGAGGACUUUGACACCAUAGGGCAAAACUACAACAUCAUGUGCAACCACUUGCGCUUCAACCUCGCCGAGGUGCAAAAGGUGAUGCCAGCAAACACCUUCUACUUCUCCAUCCUGAGGAACCCCAUUUCUUUGCUGGAGUCUUCCUACGUCUACUACAAGGACUUUGUGCCUGCCUUUAGGUUCUCCAAGGACGUGAACGAGUACCUGGCGUCACCCAUGAAGUAUUACCAGUGGGCAGGUGGCAAGUGGAGCAUGUAUGCCAGGAACAUCAUGUGGUUUGACUUUGGCUACGACAACAACGCCCGCGACAGUGAAAGGUAUGUCCAGGCAGUCUUGGAUGAGAUUGAGCAGAAUUUCCACCUGGUCUUGAUAGCAGAGUACUUUGAUGAGUCCAUGAUCCUCUUGAAGCACGCUUUGUGCUGGGAUCUCGAUGAUGUGGUUUACUUCAAGCUCAAUUCCAGAAGCCAGGACACCAUCCAGACCUUGACUCCAGAAAGUGAGGAGCGGAUCAAAGCGUGGUGCUCGCUGGACUGGCAGCUCUACCUGCACUUCAACCAUACCUUCUGGAGGACAAUUGAGAGGACCAUAGGGCUCAAGGUUCUGGAGGAGGAGGUGAAUCACCUGCGAAUGAGACAGGAGGAACUUAUGCAGACCUGUGUCUCAGACCAGAAGGCAGUAGGGAAAGAUCACAUCAAGAACAAAGCUCUUCAGCCUUUCCAGUCAGGGGCUGCAAAUAUCCUUGGGUACAACCUCAGACAAGACUUGGACAACAGGACUCUGAGGACCUGCCAGCAAAUGGUUAUGCCAGAGCUCCAGUACACGUCCUAUCUUUACACUGUUCAGCACCCACACAAGGAGAGGAAAUGGCCAGGCUUGCAUUGGCAUUUGACCAAUUUCCAGGAGAAGACACAGCUCCCACCUCCCAACUAGGACACAUGGCAGCUCACUGUGGUUUCCCACCCCUUUCCAUCACCCCACGUCUGGCACAUGACUAACCCACAGGACUCUGACACGUCGGGGGAAGGUGGGGGAGCAUUUGUUCAGGGCCACUGAGCUGGCAGUGAGUCCUUUUCUGAGGACCUUGAGCCAAAGACUCUGUAUUGCCUGAUGCUGCUUGAUCCCACCUCCCUGCUCCCUGGCAGAAGGACAGCUCGCUGCUGCUGAGCACUCGGCAGACUUUGAGCUGGCUUAGACUUUCCUGCUUCUUAAUCAUUAAUCACAAGCUCAAUUAUUCUGCUUGUGUUCAGCUUUAUCUCACAGUCCUUACUGUGUCCAGGCUGGUCAUAGUUCACUGAUCUGCCGCAGUUAGGGGAAGACAGGGGAGAGAGAAGGGAAAACAAGGAGAGUGCGACAA